GCUUCUUGUUCAGGUCGGUGAUUUGGAGCUUGAGUCAAGUUUUUUCGCUUUUUCGCACAAAGUCUUUAAAUUGAGUGUGCAAUGGCAAGUCAAACGCAAGGAAUUCAACAACUAUUGGCCGCUGAAAAACGAGCUGCGGAAAAAGUUGGAGAAGCCCGAAAAAGAAAACAGCGUCGUCUAAAACAAGCCAAAGAGGAGGCCCAAGAAGAAAUCGAAAGAUACCGUCAGGAACGGGAUAGACAAUUCAAGGAAUUCGAAGCGAAGCACAUGGGCAGCCGUGAGGGCGUUGCGGCUAAGAUUGACGCUGACACGGUCGUUAAAAUACAGGAGAUGAGUCGUUCGAUUUCCGUCAAUAAGGCGGCUCUGAUCGACGAGAUUCUACAGCUGGUGUACGACAUUAAACCAACAUUGCACAAAAAUUUUCAAGUCAUGGCAAAGUAAGGCAAGUAAAGAAACUUUCCUAAUUCAACACGAUACACUAACCGGCAGAAUAGGAAGCAAAUAGUUUUAAAUCGAACAUCGCCACUCUGAAUGUUUCAAUAUAGCAAGAUGCUGUAAAUAAUUGUUUCCCGGUCAUUAUUUCGGUGUUUCAUUGUUUACCGUUGGAUAGCUAACAUAAGGGAAAAGAAUCGGUUUAGUAGAUUUCUGUUUUGUGUUAUCAUAAGAAUUGUUUUGUAUUUAUUCGGAUAAAGUAUUACCUUCACAGACCCGGCUAAAAGUACCCAUGCAGCUCUCGUAAUUUCCGAAUUAAAACGAAUUUAGUAAUCUAAACUUGAGAUUCAUUAAGCCCCGUUUAAUGAGUCGUAAUUUAUUACUGUUUAUUCUGAAAAUCAAUCGUAAUAGAAGACAUGACAAUAUUAAUCGUUAAAUGUAAUCCAUAAAGCUUUCAACGUUUCGAUCGCCGUGUGACGAAUGUGGUGUUGAUUAAAUCGUGUGAAUCUCUUGUUCGAAAUUAUAAAUACAUACCUUCUUGUGCUAUGAAAUACAAAUUCGAAGAUUUUAAAAAGAGCGAAUUUUUUUUUCUUAUUUCGGUAACGAGGCAACAGUUGCGGUACGACUAUUACAUUUUGUUAAGUUACAGCGCCAUCUAGUUAAAAACUACAAGCAUGCAAUAGAUAACUGAAAACAGUGCAAGAUUAUAUCGGAUCACACUACACUACGCAGCCAUGUAAAAUACAUAAAUUAUAUCUAUUAUGGAGUGAAUAUAUCGUUAUGGAAGGAA